AAAGUGUGCGUGUGUGUAUGUGUGUGAUUCCCCGUGAAAGAAUGCGAGAAACUGCGUGUACGGUUCUCCCGUUCUCUCUCUUUUUCACGCUUCGUGAGAGUUCGGAUCCGCCGAAUUGACCGGAUUACGAAAUUAUUUGUUUCGUGCGGCGGAUAAGCCGUUAUCGAGGCGAUAUACUCGGAAUUAUCGCGUUUUCUUUCGAUCGUUGCUGCUGUUCCACGCCGCUGUCAUUCGCUCGCCUCUCCGGCGACUUGUCAGGCGGCCGAGGAAAUUCCGCUCGCGACAGGAAGAGGAGGCGCGCGUUCUCUGCCGACGCCUUCGCGUGUCGGGAAUUUUUCGCCGCCACGGCAGCGCGAUGAGCGGCCUUCUCUCGAUCAUGCCUACCUGUAGAUGGGCUCGUGACGAACGGUAAACAUCCUUAAUUAUCCGCGUGUCGAGCGCGUGCGAACAUGUUGCGCGCGUUGCCUUACGAUUGAAAUAAUAAUUUUGCGCCGUUCGCUCUCGUGAGAGAAGCCUGACUCACGUUCUCCGAGGAUACGAGUACUCCGCUUUUCCGUCGCGCUAAACGACGGAGGGAGAGAUAAAUCACUGGUUGUGAGAUUCGAUGAGCGUUUGAAUUUCGAGGAAGCCGAGCGAAAGGCGUCUCCGGAAUUACGUCGCGAUUCCUAAGAAUUUCAGCGAUUGUUAGCGAUUUUCGACAGCGCGGGAAACGCCUCUUGUCAGAAGUCGCACAUUUUGUCGCUCAGAGCGAAGGACUGUGAAAGCUCGCUGCACCUAUUGUGGAUCCGGAUCAGCGGCUCACAGUCGGUCUCUUCAUGUGGAUCCUAUGUGCAUAUUGCAGGAGAGAGAAUCGUGAAGCAUCAUGGAAGGGGCGGAAGUGACAUUUUUAUUCCAGUUCGGUCUGACGCGUGACACAGUCACCGUCGACAGUAGCACGCUGACUCUCAAGGCCCUGAAAGAUCUCGCCUGUGAUUUUAUAAACACCAAGUGUCCGGAGCAUGGCUUAAACCACCUGUUCGAGAGAUUACUUCUGUUCAAGCACGACUACAAUUCAACAAAUGUUCUGCAGCUUAUCACAAACGCCACGGAGGUGGUCGACGAGACGUUGGUGGAAAUCGUGUUGACUGCGCAAGUGCCAAGCGAAUACAUUCCCAUUCGUCCUCAUGCUUUAGCGGUACAUUCCUACAAAGUCCCGACAUUUUGCGACUUCUGCGGUGAAAUGUUGUUCGGGCUCGUUCGACAAGGUCUCAAGUGCGAAGGUUGUGGCAUGAACUACCACAAGAGAUGCGUCAUUAAAGUGCCGAACAACUGUUCGCAAGACGCGAGUCAGCGUAGGCGCAGCUCGGCGAUGCUGAACGUACCGAGGUCGCCGAGCCAGGGCUCCACCAGCAGCCUGACCAGCAUCACUGACGAUAAUCAUAGUUCAAAUAAUACGCCUAACACAAGCCAAAAUAAUAGUACACUGGCGAUACCGAGUAUAAUGGCACCGAAACAAUCCCCCACGCCGUCGUUAGGAGGACGGCCAGUCUGGGUCGAGCGAGAGCUCGCGACGCGAAUUAAAAUCCCGCACACAUUCGUAGUACACACGUAUACUCGUCCGACCGUGUGUGGACACUGUAAAAAGUUGCUGAAGGGUAUAUUUAAGCAAGGCCUACAAUGUAAAGAUUGCCAAUACAAUACGCACAAAAAGUGUAUGGAUAAAAUACCAAAAGACUGUACCGGAGAAAAUCUACGUGACAAUAUAGGUGAAUACCCAGACAGCGGCGUCGGCAGCGAGUUAGAAGCCAAAUGUGAUAUCAGGAAUGAGGAGGUCGACGCUGACAGUGACACGGAAUCGUCGCCGCCGUCGCAAGACGCGUCGUUCGCGAACGACGAGAACAAGAUGCCCAACGAUUAUACAGAUCACAUUCAGAAUUCAGACGACAUCGUUUACGACGAGAACCAGAAGUCUCGGCCGUCGAGUUGUAGCUCCACGCCGAGUAACAACAUUCCACUGAUGCGGAUAGUACAAAGCGUAAAACACACCAAGAGACGCGGCUCUAAGGUAUUGAAAGAAGGCUGGAUGGUGCACUUCACGCAUCGUGACCCGAUCAGAAAGAAGCAUUAUUGGCGGCUCGACACAAAGUCUAUAACGCUGUUCCAAAGUGAAACUAGCUCGAAAUAUUACAAGGAAAUACCAUUGGCCGAGAUCACGGCGAUCGAAACCGCUAAAACUCCUCGUUCAUAUAUAAUGCAUUGCUUUGAGCUAAAAACUGCCAAUGUCGAUUACUAUGUUGGAGAGGAUCCAUCAUACGGACAGAAUUGCGGCCAAGUCUCUCCUCCAGAGAGCGGUAUUGGAGCUCAUAUAGCUAGAUCGUGGGAAACUACUAUUAGACAAGCACUUAUGCCUGUAACUGUGUCGACUAAUCAAGAGGAGUCCACUGAGCCGGAAGAGAACAUCACCGACAUGUCGCAGCUGUAUCAGAUCUUCCCGGACGAGGUGUUGGGCUCCGGCCAGUUCGGCAUCGUCUACGGCGGUGUUCAUCGCAAGACCGGUCGCGCGGUCGCCAUCAAGGUGAUCGAUAAGCUGCGCUUCCCCACGAAGCAGGAAGCACAGUUGAAGAACGAGGUGGCGAUCCUGCAGAAUCUCUCGCACAGCGGCGUGGUGAACCUCGAGCGUAUGUUCGAGACGCCGGAGCGGAUAUUCGUGGUGAUGGAGAAGCUGAAGGGCGACAUGCUCGAGAUGAUCUUGAACUCCGAGCGGGGACGGCUGAGCGAGCGGAUCACCAAGUUCCUCAUCACGCAGAUCCUCGUGGCGCUGAAGCAUCUCCACAGCAAGAAUAUCGUCCACUGCGACCUGAAGCCGGAGAACGUGCUGUUGAGCAGCGACACGGACUUCACGCAGGUGAAGCUCUGCGACUUCGGGUUCGCGCGAAUCAUCGGCGAGAAGAGCUUCCGCCGUAGCGUCGUCGGCACGCCGGCGUACCUCGCGCCGGAAGUGCUGCGAAACAAAGGCUACAAUCGCUCGCUGGACAUGUGGAGCGUCGGCGUGAUUAUCUACGUGUCAUUGAGCGGCACGUUCCCGUUCAACGAGGAGGAAGACAUCAAUGAGCAGAUCCAGAACGCCGCGUUCAUGUAUCCGCCGACGCCGUGGAAGGAGAUUUCAAGCGACGCUAUCGACCUGAUCAAUAAUCUUCUGCAAGUUAAACAGAGGAAGAGAUACAGCGUGGACAAGAGCCUGCAACACGUGUGGUUGCAAGAUUAUCAAACAUGGUGCGACCUGAGGAAGCUGGAGGCCAAGGUCGGAUAUCGUUACUUAACUCACGAAAGCGAUGACGCACGUUGGAUGGCGUACAGCAAUCAAGAGACAUGACAGAACUGUUCGGCUGCUCUGAACAUCGAGACGCUACCGACUUCUCUGUCGAUACACAAAGGCUGGGCCCGAUGCGCUCGGGCCACUCUGCGGCGGUUUAUUCGUGCCUGACUCCGUAAAAGUACGUGAAAGCUAGUACAACAAUUCGUCUUUCGGCAGUAUCCCGAAGUAUCGUGCUUGAAGUACGUGCAAUCGAGAGGAGUUUGAUUAACACAAACGCGCAAGCUCGCGCUUCCGGAUACUGUUCCUUCUGAGUGAAAUACUUGAUACUAAACGUAACACCAUAUAUAUAUAUAUAUAUAUACACACACAUACAUAUAUAUAUAUAUAUAUAUUCUCUCAGAAAGCUUCCGUAAUAUUAACAUUCCCACAGAGGUCUAGCACAAAGAAGCGCUUUGAUUCGCAAUAUAUUACAUGUAGUCGGUGAGAACAAUAUUAAUAACAAGUAAGGGACGCUCUGUUGUUCGUGAAAUAUUAUCAAUAUUUAGACCGACGGUGAGGCGCGUCAACAUUUGCUCGGCAAGCAAACGAACGUUUUACUGCAUUUCAGAUAUUUACUUUGAAUUUGAUUCGUAUAGAUAUUGUCCCUGUGUAAGUUACUUGAACGAUGUUACAACAGCGUAGACAUUUAUAUUACUUAACUCUUAGAUUAAUCACGUUACUCGAGACGGAGCAUUUUUUUUUAAGAAUUUUACCAGUUUUUUUAUCGUUCUUUUUUUUUUUAUUUCGAGACAUCUCUCUCGUCUUUAUUUGUACGGAUGAUGUUGAGCUCGGAGAGAUGCAAAUGAAUUUCUUCUCUCCGUCUUAUAGAAAUUUCAUUCGCGUUAUCGUGCCGAGAUGUCCCGAUUCCGCGAGAACGCGACAAAUCUGUUAUUGACGUUACGUGCUAUAUAGUUUAUCGACUUAAUCUGUUUUUCAACGCGUGCAGUUAUAAUUUUAAAUCUAUUCUUAUCUAUUCUCGCGCUAAUAUACGCAGAGUUUGUGUCUCGCUUGUUUACGAAAUGCGACUACAUUUCAAAAGCAGGUUUUUAAUUAAGUUAUAUCAGUAACGCUCGGCCGAGGAGAGAAUUUUAUCUGUUUUUAUCUCGAGCUGGUAGUGCGGAUACACUAAUCCGUGCAUGUUGAACAUAUUGCGUGCAAACCGAUAGGAAAGAAAGAAAAAAACCUAUUUACUUUAAUAUCGUACACACGAGUUGACGCAUUAUUCUAUUCGUAUCCUCAAUCAAUAUAUCAUUGGACGACUAACUGAUGUGAUAAUAGCGAUUCACCUCAGAUCACAAGUCCUAUUUUGAGCGUGAGAAUGAAAAAGAAGACUGACGUCAUUUCUAAAGAUCAAUUCCACGCUUCUCAGAGUGUGCUCUACUUACGGUUAUCAACGUGUUGGAUGCUGAUACUAGGCGCGUAGUAAGCUGAAGUACUACGCCGAUUUGAUAUUACUCAAAUAAUUUAUGUUUUGCAAUAUAUAUAAUUUAAAUAUUUUUAUAUCCUUUUUUUUUUAUACAUUUCCGCGAGUUCUUAGCGAUAAGUAAGGUUUUCUUAGCUGCUGGGGCAGGAAACGCACGCAAGUCGUGACGUACUUACCGUCGUUAUGUUACGUUCAUAGCGUGACGUUCUGUAGAAAUUGGAUAAUCUCGGACACGCGUUCGUACGCGCAAUUUAUUACGCUCGUAAAACGUAAUACGUUGUCGUCCCUCUCGCUAUGAGAGCAGCGAGAUCUCCAUUACUGACAGUUGAUUAAAAUAUCGAGGAGACGUCGGAUUGUAAUUUCCUUUAGUGGACUCCCUGCAGCGUAUAUCGCGAUCUCCUCGGUAUCAACUCUAAAUCUAGAGCGUCUGCUGCUCGUUGCAAUCUCGAGAAUUCUGUUACGAAUGCUCAAAAAAAGACAUUCCAAAGCGACGAGAAAAAGGAAGAGAUUCCACUUAUAUAGAAUCAUGUUUUUGUCAUAAAAUUCGAGUAGUGUGUGUGUGUGCGUGCGUGCGUGCGUGCGUGUGCGUGUGUGUACAUGAACGAUUGUUUGAAUUUGUAAAUGUCGAGCAUUCCUUCGCGGAAGAAGUUGUAGUUGCGCGAGAGGAAAUGUAAUUGUGAUGCGUGUUAAUUUGAAGUUUAGUAACGGAAUUAUGAGACAAGGAUACGCACGAUUGGCAUCUGAACUUUUUCUUAACGCGGCAAUUGACGAAUCUCUAUGUCGAUUUGAUUAGAUUAGAUAACGGCGGUGUAUUCGUAGCUUAAAAAGUGGGACGUAAGAUUCUGUAUUAUAUAUAUAUAUAUAUAUAUAUAUCAAUUUUGCAAUCGGUUUAAGCGAGAAUCGCCUUUAAUAACCGAAUACCGUUGAGUGAGAUGCGUACUCGGGUGUUAAGAUGCCGUUAGUUUUAUUCUCCUUUAGCAUGUUUACCGUUUUGGCGAGAUAACGAGAUCGUGACAUUCGUUGUGAAACGAAUGGGGGUGAAUUCGAGUUAGCAGAAGCCGAGAUGACCCACGAGAAAAAUUCGUCGAAAUUACUUUGGAUCGGCAUGAAAAAUGGAGGAGAUGAGGUCGUGCAAAAUGCUCCGCGGUCGUACAUGCAAAAGCAGCUGAGAACAAAACUUUCGGCACAGAGUACUUUUUUUCCCCGCGAGGGGAAUAUUAUCAGCCGCGAAGUGCUACAUAUAUUAUGUCGUAUCACACAAAGAAAUUGGCAUUACAUGUAUCUUUAAGAAUAUGGCCUACAUCUUGAAUAAUAACUUUACAAGGUUAGUGUAAGGGAUCGUUUCGUUUUAUAUCAUGAUAAAGGAGCAGUGUGCAGCACUUUUUACACACCUUUAAAGACAGUGAAUAAUAUAUAUAUAUUCGAUGAAAGAUUACGAUAUAAGAGACGACGAUAAGGGAAAAAAAGAAGAAACCUGAAGAGGUAGUCAAUACCUGUAUACAUAAGAGAUAUUAGAUAGGCGUUAUAACAGGCAUUAUGAUUGUUAUAUUUUAUAACAACUUUUAAGGGGAGAGCGCGGAGGAAAGGAGAGUUCAUCCGUAGGCUUUAUCCGUAGAAUUUCCGUAGAGCAGUGUCUGCGCAUACGCAUUAUGAAUUAUUAUUAUAUUACUUGUACUUAAGUACUAAGAAUCCAAUUAUAUACACGUUGUGCGCGAACGUAAUCUCUAAGUCAGACGUGCGAUUAACAACAUCCUACUCCUGCUCACGGGACAAAUGCAUUUAUUAUAUAUUCAGCGAUGCAUUUAGAUCUUCCUCCUGCGACGCGCGGCCGUGAGAUCGGGAAUUCACGUCAGGUAUUCCUUCUUUUAUUUUCUCUCUCUCUCACGCGCGCCGAUCUUACGCGCGUUUGCGGUCGAAAAACAAAGCAGGAUAGAAAUUAUUUAAAUAUACAUACACAUAUAUAUGUGUAUGUGUAUGUAUGUGUGUGCGUGGUGUAUAAGAAUAAUGUUCGUAAUAUUUAACAUUUAUAUUGACUCACGUAAUUGUACGCGGAUUCGACUUUAUAUCUCAUUCGGCAGCCUUGAAACUCGGAACCGGCUCUCGCGAUAAUCGAGCGUUCGCCUCUCGAGCGAAGCGUCGUCGCGGUUAAAACAAACCUCGCGGGCGCGAACGACACGUGUUAUGUGGGAUCGCCGCAGGUUGUGUACUUAGUGCCAGGUGGAAGUUCCGAUUUACAUGUUAAUCCCCCGAUCCUCUCUCCGGUAGCGGUAACGAAGGGGAAUAACGAUGCGUAACAAGCGACCGUCGCGUUUCUCUUGCGAGGUUACAAGUAAAGAAGCAUGAAAGAAGAAAAGAAUACGAAAUAGGAUCUCGAAAGGGAAGAACACGCGAAACUAUUAACACGGGUGAAGAACCGUGCGCGCGGUGGAGGGGAGAGGGGUAGUAGUCGCUAGUUUUCCGCGGAUCUGCAAGUUUUCUAUAAGACGAAUCCUUUUGCGUAGAGGAGAAACUCUGUAACGAUCUAAGAACGCAAAAAUAAACGACGAUUCGUUUUGA